AGCUUGAGGUCAAAUAAUCAUUUGUUUCAGGUUAUUUGCGCUAGAGCCAAUCAUGUCUAGAAUAUAUUCGCUUUUAUUUUAUUUAAUGGUCCCUCUCUGGAGCACUGAUUCACAGAGCAUGACGUCAGAGCAAAUGGCAAACUACAAACGGUUCCUCGGCCACCAGGAUCGACUCUUCGAGAAGCUCUUCAAAUCAUAUGAUCCUGGAAUUAACGCAAUUUAUACAUUACAUAGUGUACCAGAAACAAACGGAACAGUUCAUCCGCCACGUUUUGAGAUCACAAUUCAACUGUCGAUGAUGAAGCUGGUGGAAGUUGUGGAGCCAGAGGAGAAGGCCACGUUUCUUUUUGAUUAUCGAGCGGAUUGGUACGAUACCCGCCUCUCCUGGGAUCCGGAAGAUUACGGUGGCAUCAAUCACAUUUACGUGCCGAGAUCGAAAGUUUGGAUACCGGAAACUACAAUUGUUGACUGCUCUGAAAUAAAAGUUUUUGACAAUGAGUACACGCGAUAUGCCUGGCUCCACUCAAACGGCUCCAUUGGAAUGUACAUCGCUAGUGUCACCUCUGUUGUGUGCCAAAUGGAUGUUUACAAAUUCCCAAUGGAUACGCAUACAUGUAGUGUAAACUUCUUGUUCAUGACGUAUCAACUGGAAGAGUUCACAAUUGUUGGAAAAACUGGAACCCUGCCAAGACCUGUUGAACAAUUGGGAAACGGCGAAUGGCAGAUGAAAUCCAUUCAAAUCGCAUUUGAACCAGUCGUUGAUAAUUUGACGUACCUGACUAAAUUUGAAGCGACUUUUUCGAGAAACCCGGGAUUCUACAUAGUUCUUGUGAUGAUUCCCGCGUAUUUCAUUAAUGUUCUGUCAAUUGUUGCUCUAUUCAUGGAUAUUAAUAAUCGAUCGGAAAAGUUCACAGUUGGCAUGACAAAUAUCAUGUCGAUGAGCUUUAUCCUCGUGAUUUUAGCAGAGGAUUUGCCGAAGACGAAAAAUUUACCGAUUUUGGCAAUCUACACGGUCACAAGUUUAGCGAUUAUGUUGUGCUCGUUAACCGCCGUUGUGGCCCUACCAAAGCUUAAAGCCUACUAUGCGAACCGAUCAUUGGCGCGGGGAGAGAAAAUUCCGAAAAAUGAUGAAGUACCAAGGACUUUCUGGGAACGAAUAAAGUUCUAUUUCAAAGUGGAGUACGUCUUUAUGUUGGUCUUCCAAAUUGCAAACUUUGUCAAUUUUAUCAUUAUUUUCACCUGAUAAGCCGCCGCUGUCGAAUAAACUUU